AUGUCCCAGCUGAGCCUGUCCUGCCUGGGCCUCGGGCAGGUGGCAGCAUCCCCGUGGCUGCUCCUGCUACUGAUCAGGGUCUCCUGGUUCUUGGCCCGUGUCCUGGCCCGAACCUGUGCCUUUUAUGACAACUGCCGCUGCCUCUGGUGUUUCCUGCAGCCCCUGAUGCAGAACGGGUUCUUGGGUCAUCUGGGCCUGGUCACCCCCAUGGAGGAGUUAAUGAGGGUCCUGACUCAGCUGGUGGCCACCUACCCCCAGGGCUUUAAGGUCUGGAUGGGUCUCAUCUCCCCCCUCAUCAUAUUGUGCCAUCUCAAUAUCAUCUGGUCUGUCAUCAACACCUCAGGUACCAUCUGGAAUGCCUGGUGGUGGGUGCUGUGGUGGAUUUGAGGCCUGCAAGCCCCUCUAUCCUCAAGCUCCUUUGUGGCCCCUGUCAUACUCUGGCCUCUCCUUUCCUUCUCUCUCAGCUAUCAUUGUCUUUCUUUUAUGUAUUCACCAAUUCGCGUCUCAGCAUCUCCUCCCUCCACUGCUAUCUGACCCUGCUGUUCUGGUGUUCUGGGCUGCUCUGGGGCACCAAGAGGCCUCAAUCCAAGGCCCUGCCCUGGAGGAACCCCCAAACUUGAAGAGAUGGAUCUGGAUACAGACAUCACCAACUUCAUGGGGUCAGGAGUGGUCCAGAAGAAGAUGGUCUACGACAGCCCAGAGGAGAACAAGUUCUCUACUGGGGCAGGUUGGAAGACUUCCUGGAGGAGGAGUUGCCGGAGCUGGGUCUGAAACAAUGGGUAGAAAUGUUUGUGGAGUGUUGGAAUUGGGCAUCGUUAGUAUUCAAGGCCCCCUGCCAGGCCUGGCAGCUCCUUGCCUGUCCCCAAGCUCAAAACAAUGAGGACUUGUGACUGGUGGAGAAUCUGGGCUGCUAUUUUCAUGACAUCCACCUCUUGUGGGUUGAUUCCUUCUACCCCGUCCUGUAAUUCUUUCACUAUAUGCUCAUUGCCCACCUGCUCCAGGGUCCCAGGGAUCUCCAGUAGGAGACCUCACCCCAGCCCAGGAGCUCUACCCUUGCCCUCUGCCCUUCCCAACUUUGGACAGGCUUGGCUGAGCAGGGGAAGGGGAAGUGUCCCACAGAGACUAUGGACCUGACCCCAAAAUGCUGAGUGACUUUGGGCAGAUUCCCAGAUGUGUCUGGCUACUGAAGUCUCUUUCAGUUGUGAGUGGUGGAAAUUCAACCUAAUGUCGUCUCAGCAAAGAAAGGGAAUCUAUUGACUGUAUUGUCUUGGUUGGGUGGCCUUCAGGCAUGGCUGAAUACAGGUCUCGCACAAUUACGUUGGUGGCUCCAUCUCUUGGUUUUCUCCUUCUGUUCAUCACUUUUCCUUUCAAGGCAGCCUUUUCCUUGUGAUAUCAAUGAUGAGUCCCAGAAGCUCAGUUCCUAUGGGAAAGCCCACCUUUCCCCCAGAGUUCCCAGAAAUGGUCCAUGAUUUACUUUACUUAUCCCAAACUGAGUCAUAGAAAUAAUUUUUCACCCAGUCGCUGUGUCUCUGAUUGCCCGGUCUUUGCAGGCAUGGAGCUUCCAGAGCUAUUGUUUCGGAGGCACUGAUAUGGUUUGGCUGUGUCUCCACCCAAAUCUCAUCUUGAAUUGUAAUUCCCAUAAUCCACAUGUGUCUAAGGAGAGGCCAGGUGGAGGUGACUGGAUGAUGGAGACUGUUUCCCCCAUGCUAUUCUCAUGAUAGUGAGUGAGUUCUCAUGAGAAGUGUGGCACUUCCUCAUUCUCUCUUCUCUCUCCUGCUGUCAAGUGUGAAGGUCCAAGCUUGCUUUUCCUUCACUUUCUGCCAUGACUGUAAGUUUCCCGAGGCCACGUUGGGGGAAGCCUAGGAGAUGGCUCAGCAAUAAGAGAGGAUGUUGAGAUGCUGCAUGGAAUUCCUAGGGCUUGGGUCUGGAUCUUUUUCCUGCAGUUCCUUCUCUCUGACAGCCUAAAAGAGUAUGAAUUGGAUUUUGUGUGUUUUUCUCCUGAUUCAGAGCUCGGAGGAAGGAAUCCUAUGCACACAAGGCCUGUUGAGCACCCUUGGGACCAUGUGCUGCUGGUGGGUGGGGCCCUGGCACACAGUCAUGCACAUCUUUCUUUCCAUCUGCAUCAAGCCCAUGCUCUUGGCUCCAGGUGGACACUGCACUGGCUGUCCUUUGCCCGCUGCUGAACUCUCUGUGCUGUCUGCAGCUGGCCGGGUGCCCCAUGUGCAGAGAGAGGGGGCUGUGACAGAGAUAUCACUGCCUCUAUUUCCCGUGGACUUCCACCUGUUUGACCACUGUCUGCCUAUGACUGAGGCGUGUCUGUGGGAUGGCGGCUGCUGUAUAUGCUGAUCGGCUCUAUGGUCACAUCUUAUCACAUGUAUAUUUACACCUGGGUCCUGGUUACACCUGGAAUAUGUCGUACCUGUCUACACCUGCUAUAUGUUUACACCUGGGAUCGUAUGGCCCCUCUCAGCCUCAUCCCCUCUGCCUCCACUCUGUCCUCCUAGGCUGAGCCCAGCCUGUAGGUUUGCUCCUCCAGCUGGGCUCUUUAUCUCCAGAAUCGGACGCGGGUAGUCCUCAGUGGGGUUGGGAUUGGAUUGUUUCUUCCUGCUUCCAGCACUCAGGUCUCAGCUCAGGCCCUGGGCUGCUUGGAGGCAGAACUUGAACUCUUGCUAGGUUGUGAAGCCGGAGAUGACAGGCUUCUGUCUCUGAAUCUCCUAAGUCUGCACCAGGGGAGGUGCCUGACAUCCUCCCCACCCGUGUUUGGAGAGGAGCCCAGAUGAUCUGGGGCAAGGGUUGGCCUGGCCCAGCUCAGCUGGCUAUGAACUCUCACGGUAAGUAUAUGCUUUUACCUGAAUGCCCUUGUCUUGGAAGGGCAGGGUGGAGGUAAAUUUGGGGCUCAGAUUUCCCUUUAACCACCCCCCAACUUCCCCUGAACUGCCAAGAAGGUGCAGAGACCUGAGAAUUCAGUACUCAUCCUGGGGCACCCUGAGCUGCACCCAGCUGGCCCAACCCCAGGUUUUGGCUGGCUGCCCAGGCACAGAAGACACACCCAGACUGUGGGGAUUGGCUGCUCCAGCCCAGCCCAGCCCAGCCCAGCCUCCUAGGGCCUUCCCUAGAUCAGGGGCCAGGCCAAAGACCUCCCAGCAGAAGAGGAGAGGAGGUUGUGUGGGACAAGCUGCUCCCGACGGAAGGUGCCAGGCUGGGGGUGGCCAGACUGGAGGGUCCUGGCCUGG